UCAGCCGAGACAGCAGCAGCAGCAGACUCAAGAAUGAACAACCUGCCAGAAAACAGUAAAUUGCCUGUGGAGAGUGGAGACAGCAGCACAGGCACACAAACGAAUGGUCUGGACUUUCAGAAGCAGCCUGUGCCUGUUGGAGGAGCAAUCUCAACAGCCCAGGCCCAGGCUUUCUUCAGACAUCUCCACCAGGUCCAGCUCGCAGGAACAAGUUUACAGGCUGCUGCUCAGACUUUAAAUGUACAGUCUAAAUCUAAUGAAGAAUCGGGGGAUUCCCAGCAGCCAAGCCAGCCUUCCCAGCAGCCUUCAGUGCAGGCAGCCAUCCCGCAGACCCAGCUCAUGCUGGCUGGAGGGCAGAUAACCGGGCUUACUUUGAUGCUAGCCCAGCAGCAGUUGCUCCUGCAGCAGGCACAGGCACAGCUGUUGGCCGCUGCGGUACAGCAGCACUCCACCAGCCAACCGCACAGUGCUGCCGGGGCCACCAUCUCUGCCUCCACCGCCACACCCAUGACGCAGAUCCCGCUGUCUCAGACCAUACAGAUCAAACAGGAUCUGCAACAACUACAGCAACUUCAGCAGCAGAAUCUCAACCUGCAACAGUUCGUGCUGGUACAUCCAACCACCAACCUGCAGCCAGCACAGUUCAUCAUCGCACAGACGCCCCAGGGCCAGCAGGGUCUCCUGCAAGCGCAAAAUCUUUUAACGCAACUACCUCAGCAAAGCCAAGCCAACCUCCUACAGUCGCAGCCAAGCAUCACCCUCACUUCCCAGCCAGCAAUCCCAACACGCACAAUAGCUGCAACCCCAAUUCAGACACUUCCACAGAACCAGGGAACACCAAAGCGAAUUGACACUCCCAGCUUGGAGGAGCCCAGUGACCUUGAGGAGCUUGAGCAGUUUGCCAAGACCUUCAAACAAAGACGAAUCCAACUUCGAUUUACUCAGGGCAAUGUUGGGCUUGCGAUGGGUAAACUGUAUGGAAAUGACUUCAGCCAAACUACCAUCUCUCGCUUUGAAGCCUUGAAACUCAGCUUUAAGAACAUGUGCAAGUUAAAGCCACUUUUGGAGAAGUGGCUCAGUGAUGCAGAGAACCUCUCGUCAGAUUCAGCGCUCUCCAGCCCAAGUGCCCUCAAUUCUCCAGGGCAGGGAAUCGAGGGCUUGAACCGUAGGAGGAGGAAACGCACCAGCAUAGAGACCAACAUCCGUGUGGCCUUAGAGAAGAGUUUCCUGGAGAAUCAAAAGCCUACCUCAGAAGAGAUCACCAUGAUUGCUGAGCAGCUCAACAUGGAGAGGGAGGUAAUUCGAGUUUGGUUUUGUAACCGCCGCCAGAAGGAAAAAAGGAUCAACCCACCCAGCAGUGGUGGGACCAGCAGCUCGCCUAUCAAAGCAAUUUUCCCCAGCCCGACUUCCCUGGUGGCGACCACGCCAAGCCUUGUGACCAGCAGUGCAGCAACUACCCUCACAGUCAACCCCAUCCUCCCUCUGACCAGCGCUGCAGUAACCAACCUCUCUGUUGCCGAGGUGCCUUACUCAGUCUCAACCCAGGGACCGACCAUGGGCGGUGCUCUCAGCCCAGCUCUGAUGAGCAAUAGUACACUGGCAACCAUUCAAGCUCCAGCGAGGCAGUGACCACUCCUGGGGAGUUGACGGGACCCCUGCCCCGUUUCUCCUGGUGGUUUCGCGA